UCGACAAACACACAUCACCUCCCUCGACACACAUGUUCUGAAACCGCCUGAGCAUACAAUUUGCCCCAGCUGUCGUUCCCGGUCCAGCUAGCCAGCCAUGUCCACGGGCUCUCUCAGCGACGUUGACGACUUUCAGGAUGCAGAACUUCUAGAUGGCCUUCUGAAGUUUGGCUCGGGGAAGGAUUCUGGCGCGUCCCACGACAGCACAGAGGAAAGUUCCAACGGCGAGGGCGCGGGCGCCCAGGAACACACCGGCACCGCCACAUCUACAAAGCGAAGGAAAACCUCCAAUGGAAGGAAGUCGGCGCCCAACGGCGUGGCGCACGAGGGCAAACAGGUCCAAAGGAACGCUGCCAACGCGAGGGAGAGGGCAAGAAUGCGGGUGCUGAGCAAAGCUUUCUCGCGGCUCAAGACAACUUUGCCCUGGGUGCCAGCGGACACUAAGCUCUCCAAACUGGACACUUUACGUUUAGCUUCCAGCUACAUAGCACAUCUCCGACAAAUACUGGCAAACGACAAAUAUGAUAACGGAUAUAUCCAUCCUGUUAAUUUGACAUGGCCUUUCAUGGUGGCGGGGAAGCCAGAGAACGACCUGAAAGAGAUCCUCAACUCCACGCGGUUAUGUGGAACACCUGCAUCGUGAGGUCCACAAGACACAUUCCUAAUAGGCUACUUGGACUG